GCGCACUGGCUGCGGCCCGUCCGCGCCGCGGGGCGUUCUUUUCCGCUGACAGAGUUUCCUGGGAGGCGUCACUUCUUCCGCCUUCCAGUCAGGCCCCGGCAGCUGCAGGCCUGGACCGAGGUUUCGGAGCUGCGGGGCGGGAGGCAGUGUGUCAUCUUCCUCCAGUUCCGGCGAAGGCCUGGUCGCUGCGGGCCGGGCCCCAGGGCGCCCCCCAUGGCCGGGCAGCGGGUGGAGGUCGAUGGCGGGAUCAUGGAAGGGGGCGGCCAAAUCCUGAGAGUCUCUACGGCCCUGAGCUGUCUCCUGGGCCUCCCCUUGCGGGUGCAGAAGAUCCGGGCCGGCCGCAGCACGCCAGGACUGAGGCCUCAACAUUUAUCUGGACUGGAAAUGAUUCGAGAUUUGUGUGAUGGGCAAUUGGAGGGGGCAGAAAUCGGCUCAACAGAAAUAACCUUUACACCAGAGAAGAUCAAAGGUGGAAUCCACACAGCAGAUACCAAGACAGCAGGGAGUGUGUGCCUCUUAAUGCAGGUCUCAAUGCCCUGUGUUCUCUUUGCUGCUUCUCCAUCAGAACUUCGUUUGAAAGGUGGAACUAAUGCUGAAAUGGCACCACAGGUUGAUUACACAGUAAUGGUUUUCAAGCCAAUUGUUGAAAAAUUUGGUUUCCAGUUUAAUUGUGACAUUAAAAUGAGGGGAUAUUACCCAAAAGGGGGUGGUGAAGUGAUUGUCCGAAUGUCACCAGUUAAACAAUUGAACCCAAUAAAUUUAACUGACCGUGGCUCUGUAACUAAGAUAUAUGGAAGAGCUUUUGUUGCUGGUGUUCUGCCAUUUAAAGUAGCAAAAGAUAUGGCAGCAGCAGCUGUUAGAUGCAUCAGAAAGGAGAUUAGGGAUUUGUAUGUUAACAUCCAGCCUGUUCAAGAACCUAAAGACCAAGCAUAUGGCAAUGGAAAUGGAAUAAUAAUUAUUGCUGAGACAUCCACUGGCUGUUUGUUUGCUGGAUCAUCGCUUGGUAAACGAGGUGUAAAUGCAGACAAGGUUGGAAUUGAUGCUGCUGAAAUGCUAUUAGCAAAUCUUAGACAUGGUGGUACUGUGGAUGAAUAUCUGCAAGAUCAGCUGAUUAUUUUCAUGGCUUUAGCCAAUGGAGUUUCCAGAAUAAAAACAGGACCAGUUACACUCCAUACGCAAACAGCUAUACAUUUUGCUGAACAACUAGCAAAGGCAAAAUUUACUGUGAAGAAAUCAGAAGAUGAAGAAGAUGCCUCGAAAGACACUUAUAUUAUUGAAUGCCAAGGAAUUGGGAUGACAAAUCCAAAUCUAUAGGGUAUUUGCCUCUUAAAUGAUACCUCGAUGAUGUAUUGCACUAAUUCAUUUCAUAAAUACUGUAAAACGAUGAAUAGGAAGUAACCUAUUAAAAGACCUGACUUAAAUUUGGAGAUGAAGUUCAAUGUUGUAGAUUUGCUGAGAAUGCUUCAUCAAAUUAAUCUCACUUUGAAUAUCUCCUGAGAUAUGGACAAUGAAAUAUGAGAGUUGGUGGAUAUGUAUGAUAGCUGACUUCAAUAUUAAAGUAUUGAAAUAAAAUAUCUUUAUACCUGAA